AUGGCCCGAGACGACGUCAUCUGUACAAUAUGGUCUCGCUUUUCCUGCUGGCACGUCGGCCCCAACGAAGCAGCUUUCCGCCUUAAAGGGUUUUUCAUCAUUUUCUUGAAGUAUUUUCAUAAAAAUAAACCCAUAAUGCCCAUUUCCUCUGGCUCUCUCUGUCUCUAUUCUGCUCAGAACUGCAUUCCCACAAUCGCCCAACUAAAGGAGUGUAGUCGUGAUUGCUUCUUCAACUCUCCUUCCUCACUUACUUUCUGUCUCGCGCCCUCUCCUCGCUUUUUCCACCCCUUUUCCCUCAGCUCUUGGGUCCCGUUGCUAGUGCUGUAUGGCCUGACUGGGCAUCUGCCAACGUUGCUCGUCUUCUUCGCCUCAGCCUCCACCUACAAGAUGGCCUAUUUGCGAUGCCAUCUCGGCGUCGACUGGGCUCUGCCCUUCAUCUUGUUGCCGCGCAUCUUCACCAAGUUCACUGUGCCCCGCAGUCUUCCGGUCGCCUUCUACUUCGCACUCACCCUCUUACUCUUCCUCUCUCAGGUAUUGUUCUCGUGA